AUGACGCUGCCUAAGACACUUUUCUCGUUUUUCAGUCUCGUUGUAGCACUGCAAGUUGCCUCGGGGAUCGAGUACACUGACACCGGCAUCGCUAUUGUCGGUACGACGGAACUUCUGGACGUCAACGUGACGGCCGGAACUUCUCACGAAGAUCUCAUCUCGUACGAGUUCGCGACUUAUAUCGCCGUCCAUUUCGCCGGCUUUAACCUGCCGGAAGGAGAUUCGGUGGUCAUCAGCUCCCCGGACGUGAAUGUCGCGGUGUCACACACGUAUACCGGUCGGGGACGACAACAGACCGGAACGUUCAUCGCCAGUUUCGUGCCGGGUAAUUCCGUCACCGUCACGUACACGUCUGUCGGACCGGCCUCUGCCGGUCAGGGAUACCGUAUCACGGGAUUCUCUCGUGGUUACCCGACGAUGCAUCACGAGUCGGUUUGUGGCGAUGGAGAUCAGUCGCUUCCGGCAAAAUGCUACGCGCCCGGCACCAACCUGUCCGAACAUCUACCUGAUGCGUAUACAAAAGCUCAAGCUGUCGCCCGUCUACUGGUCAACGGCACGUACCUGUGCACCGGUUGGCUUGGUGGCAGUGAAGGACACUUGUUCACGAACCACCACUGCUUUGAGCAAGAAGACUGGGUGCUCACGACCGACAUUGAGUUCGCUGCUGAGAGCUCGUCGUGUAGCGAACAGUGUGAGACACAGCUCGGCUGUCCCGGAACGCUCGUAGCCACGGCAUCGACCCUUAUCGCCGACAGUGAAGACAUCGACUACUCGGUUGUGCAGCUACCGGACUGCGUCGACCUCUCUCCGUACGGAUAUCUGCAAAUGCGUGAGUUUGGCCCGGUAGUAAACGAGUCGAUCUACGUGCCGCAGCAUCCGGACGGGUACGCGAAGCGCAUCGUGAGCACUGUCGACCGUGGAGACAGCACGACAGUGCUAAGUGUCGGCAAGGACGGAAACUGUGGGACCGAACAGGUCCGACACAACGCAGAUACUAAAGGCGGCUCGUCCGGCUCACCGUUGAUAGCUUCGAAGGAUAAUUUGGUGGUUGGGAUCCACCAUUGUGGCGGUUGUGCGAACACGGCGAUCGACGUGCGUACUUCAGCCGAAGUACGCCCAGACGCCGUGUGCUGCUCAAAAGCCCAAGAACGCCACGGCUCCAGGGCAGAAUCAUAA